ACCAAUCCCUGAGCGCAACUCUGCCUCCUCCACACCCCACCCGCCGCGCCGCGCUGUCCUCGAGCUCAGCUCAGCGCUCGCGCUCCCCUCUCCUCCGGUACUUUCCCCGCGGCGGCGAUGCCAGGGCCCUUGCCAGGGCUGCUCCGGGCGCUGCUCGGUCUCUGGGUUGCCCUGGGCCUGGGGCUCAUCGGCCUCUCAGGUAAGAGCCCGUCCCGGCUCCGGGUGGACAGGGCGGGGGCGGAGUUCCCGACCGGAGAAGAGGCCACAUGCCCCUCCCGGCUCCGCCCUCGCCUCGCUCCCACGCUUCUGCCCCCACCUUGAGCCGUGGGCUUUCUUUAUAUCUCUCUCCUUCCAACACACACUGGAGACACAGCUUCUCGACUCCUCGCUCGCCCAGAUCUCUACCAUACCCCCUUCGAGAUCCUGGGUUCUCUUCUGCACCCAACCUUGCACCUCGGAGACCCGGUGUCGCCGGGGACCUCCGCACGCUCUGCUAUGCACCAUGGUCCACGGAUUGGCAUCUUACCCACUUGCGGCCCGCGAAGACCCGCUCUCUCCAUCACUCAGAGGCUCUGUUCCCUCCACGCCCUAGGCCUGGCAACCGAGUUCCUCGAUGUUUCCGCGGUUCCUUUCUUGAGCCUAGACCCGCGACCUCCUUUCGUGUUUUUCACCCGGGUUUACAGUCCUCCCUCAUCCUUGAUUCAGCUUCAUUUCUCCUUUGCCCUCCCCUCAACCUCAGUCUCCCCUUCUCUCCCGGUCGCGCAGGAGCCUCUCUGGGCGGACCUGCAGCCCCGCGUGGCGCUCGUGGAGCGCGGGGGAUCGCUGUGGCUGAAUUGCAGCACCAACUGCCCGCGGCCCGAGCGCGGAGGCCUGGAGACCUCGCUGCGCCGGAAUGGGACCCAGAGGGGUUUGCGCUGGCUGGCGCGUCAACUGGUGGACAUCCGAGAGCCAGAGACCCAGCCGGUCUGCUUCUUCCGCUGCGCGCGGCGCACACUGCAGGCUCGUGGGCUCAUUCGUACUUUUCAGCGGCCUGAUCGUGUAGAGCUGAUGCCCCUGCCUGCCUGGCAGCCUGUCGGCGAGAACUUCACCCUGAGCUGCAGGGUCCCUGGCGCUGGGCCCCGUGGGAGCCUCACAGUGACCCUGCUGCGGGGCGCCCGGGAGCUGGUCCGCCGUAGCUUCUCCGGAGAGUCGCCCCGAGCGCGGGGCGCGGUGCUCACGGCCGCAGUGCUGGCGAGGAGGGAGGACCAUGGGGCCAAUUUCUCGUGCCGCGCGGAGCUGGACCUGCGGCCCCACGGCCUGGGGUUGUUUGAAAACCGUUCGGCCCCCAGAAUGCUCCGAACCUUCGCACUGUCUCCGGAGCCCCCGCGCCUCGCUGCCCCCCGGCUCUUGGAAGUGGGCUCGGAAAGCCCCGUGAGCUGCUCCCUGGACAGGCUGUUUCCAGCCUCGGAAGCCCGGGUCUACCUGGCGCUGGGGGCCCAGAGGCUGCAUCCGGACAUCAUCCUCGAGGGGGACGCGCUCAGGGCCGCUGCCACAGCCACGGCGAGCGCAGAGCAGGAGGGCGCCACGCAGCUGGCCUGCAGCGUGACCCUGGGGCGCGAGAGCCGCGAGACCUGGGAGAACGUGACGGUCUACAGCUUCCCCGCGCCCCUCCUGACCCUGAGCGCGCCCAGCGUCCCCGAGGGGGAGACGGUGACAGUGACCUGCGCUGCUGGGGCCCGAGCUCUGGUCACUCUGGACGGAGUUCCGGCCGCAGCCCCGGGACAGCCCGUCCAGCUCCAGCUAAACGCCACUGCGAACGAUGACAGACGCAGCUUCUUCUGCGACGCCACCCUCGAGGUGGACGGGGAGGUCCUGAGCAAGAAAGAGAGCACCGAACUGCGAGUCCUAUACGCCCCCCGGCUGGACGAUUCGGACUGUCCCAGGAGCUGGACGUGGCCCGAGGGCCCAGAGCAGACUCUGCGCUGUGAGGCCCGCGGAAACCCAGCGCCCUCGGUGCACUGCGCCCGGCCCGACGGCGGGGCGGUGCUGGCGCUGGGCCUGCUGGGUCCCAUCACUCGCGCACUGGCCGGCACUUACCGGUGCACCGCGGCCAAUGUCCAGGGCGAGGCGGUCAAGGACGUGACGCUGACAGUGGAGUACGCGCCAGCGCUGGACAGUGUGAGCUGCCCAGAGCGUAUUACGUGGCUGGAAGGAACAGAGGCCUCGCUGCGCUGUGUGGCACAUGGGGUGCCGCCACCCACCGUGAGCUGUGUGCGCUCUGGGGCAGCGGAGGUCAUCGAGGGCUUGCUGCACGUGGCCCGGGAGCACGCAGGCACCUACCGGUGCGAAGCCACCAAUUCUCGAGGCUCUGCGGCCAAAACUGUGGCCGUCACGGUGGAAUAUGGCCCCAGUUUUGAGGAGCUGAGCUGCCCCAGCAAUUGGACGUGGGUGGAAGGGUCUGGACGGCUGUUUUCUUGUGAGGUUGAUGGGAAGCCGCAGCCACGGGUGGAGUGUGUUGGCUCCAGGGGCACCACUGAGAGGGUGCUGUUGCCGCUGGCACCUCCAGACCCGAGUCCCAGAGCUCCCAGCAUCCCUAGUGAACCUGCCUCUGGUAUCUACACCUGCAAUGCCACCAACCAGCACGGCUCCAUGGUCAAGAUGGUGGCCGUGAGCGUGGAGUCGCCUCCGAAAAUGGAUGAGUCCACCUGCCCGAGCCACCAGACGUGGCUGGAAGGGGCCGAGGCUGUCGGGCCGGCCUGCGCUGCCCUGGGCCGCCCCUCCCCACAAGUGAGCUGCUCCCGGGAGGGUGGCCCCUGGCCUCAGCGGAUACACGUGUCCCGACAGGAUGCGGGCACCUACCUCUGCUUAGCCACCAAUGCGCAUGGCACUGACACCCGGACCAUCACCGUGGGCGUGGAAUACCGACCAGUGGUGGCCGAGCUGGCCGCCUCGCCUCCAGGAGGCGUGCGGCCAGGUGGGAACUUCACGUUGACCUGCCGCGCGGAGGCCUGGCCCCCCGCCCAGAUCAGCUGGCGCGCCCCCCCAGGGGCGCUCAACAUCGGCCUGUCCAGCAACAACAGCACACUGAGCGUGGCCGGCGCCCUGGGUAGCCACGGAGGAGAGUACGAGUGCGCGGCCACCAAUGCGCAUGGGCGCCACGCGCGGCGCAUCACCGUGCGUGUAACUGGUCCGUGGCUGUGGGUCGCCGUGGGCGGUGCGGUGGGGGGCGCAGCGCUGCUGGCCGCAGGGGCUGGCCUGGCCUUCUACGUGCAGUCCACCGCCUGCAAGAAGGGCGAGUAUAACGUGCAGGAGGCCGAGAGCUCGGGCGAGGCUGUCUGUCUCAACGGUGCGGGUGGUGGCACAGGUGGAAAUGACAGCGCCCAAGGUGGAACAGAACCUGAUGGUACCGCAGAGACGCCUGCGGGGGGCGAGGUCUUCUCCAUCCAGCUGACAUCAGCGUGAGCCCACUACCCUCUCCCCGCAGGCCGGGGGAUGCCCCCCAGACACAUACGGGGGCUUAUUUAUUGUUCUAUUUAUUCAUUUAUUUAUGUAUUCAACUCCAGGAUGUCACCCCCAUUUUCUAACCCUCCCAAUAAAGUUUUUA